GACAGCCACAGUAAAACCAUUUGGUAAAUUGGAUUAAGCUCAGGCUAGCAGCAACUAAUUGCCUGGCUGGAGGCGUCUUUAAACAGCGAGGGACAUUUGACUGUUAGCCCAGCACACAAAGCUCAUGUGGAGUAGAAGUCGUUGGUCGUGUGGUAGCAGUUUGAAUUGUGCCGUUCGGUGUUUACUCAUGGUUUUCAGUAGAAAGUGGUAGAAAGCUAUUUGUAUGCUUGGUGUGUGUGAACGCUGUGUGUUUCACAGAUAUAUUACAUGCUAAAGCCUGAUAAUCAGGAUGUAGUUCAGUGGGUUUUUUUACGUGUUUUAAACUUGUUGUGAGAUCAGUAACAGGUUGUAAAAGUGAUAUGACGUAAAAUGGUUUGAACGAAGAGAAAUGGAUAAACCACUCGAUGGUUCUACAAACUGUACAGAUGAUAAUAACGAUGGCACCGAAUGUCCUGAUACUCUGUUAAACCAUCUUUGUCUGCGUUUAAAACCGCCUGAUUUUCCCGUCUGGUUCCAGGCAGAUGAUAUACAACAAUUACGAGAGAGCUGUAACAGCUGGAAAACGUACACAGAAUUAUGUCUUGGCGAGAUCGAAACCACUACAGCAACCCAAGAAGAAAAUUUCAGUGCUAUAGAUGUAACAACGGACAGCUCCGUCACCAAUGUCACUGACAUUGAUAUUAACACCACUGAAUCACUGUAUGAUGAGUCUAUUUUGUCUACUGUGUUGUCACCCACGUCACUGUCACUGACAUCACCUGUGUCAACAGAUGUUACAACACCACCAGAUGUAACUGUAACAGAUGAUGUGGUGUUGGUGAAUGUAACGGAAGAAUUAUCUACAGGGAAUUUAUCCGAGUAUCUGAUCAACAUUAAUACGACAUUCACACCACAAUCUUCAAAAUCUGAAAAUGUGAGUUACACAGGUAGAAAUGUGAGUUAUCAAGGUAGAAAUUGGAUAGCGACAGGUGUAGCAUUUUCUCUAGCAACUCUGAUUAUUAUUGGUGCCAUCGUUGUCUAUAAACUAUAUCGUAAAUACAGUUGUAAAUAUUGCCUGGAUACACAGAUGUACAUCGACUAUAAUUAUUUACAUCGUAAAGCCAAGAAAAAAGAAAAAUGGAAAAAUGGAAAAAACUCGAAAACGUUGGAUAUCGAAAAAUCUGUGAUGUUCGUGCCGAACGAUAACGAAAUAUUCAUAUCUGAGAAUCACAAACUUGGUGAUAUUUCACCUUUAUCAAAUAAUCAAAUUAUUGACCUUCAGCAUCAAAGUUUUGGUGAGGAUCCGUUGUACGUUUUACCGAACACUCUACCGGAGGUUAAUGUGAAUAUUUCUAAGGACACAUUCUGUGAACAGAGUUUUACGGAGGAGUUGGACCAAGAUUUUAAUCUUCCUCCUUUAAGUCUUUCGACGACGGGUUUCAAAGGGACGCUAGAAACAGGGUUUAUUAACCCAGCUUACGAGGGAACAGAGAGCAUUAUCGAUGCAUCGUUACCAAGAAAAAAGAAAAAACGCAGAUUUCCUUUCCUAAAAAUUUUAAGGAAAUCCAAGAGAGACAAGUGAUAUUUGAUUGUGAUUAAAGUGGUGCUACCUAUAUCUCCAGAAUUUCUAUCUUAAAUCAUAAAUUUAACACAUUAUUAUAAAAAUAAACCAGCUAACACAGUCAAAGUAUCAUAACAUAUGGUCCACUAACAUAGUCAAGGUAUUAUAACACAAUGUUAAAUGAAGGCUAACUAUAAUUAUAUAUUCUUUAUUAAGUUAUCAGACGAGGUUGGUUUUUCAUGGUUACAUACAUAAAAGUGAUAAUCUUCAACAUAAGGACCGAGAUGCUCUCUCACUGCAUGUGGGUUAUACAAGUCUAUUGAAUAUUCAUGAGUCUGACAUACAAUGUCCACUAACACGGUCAAAGUAUCAUAACACAAAUUCAAUUAACAUAUUCGAAAUAUAAUAACUCAGUUAAGGUAUUAUAACACAAGGUCCACUUACAUUGUCAUGGUAUCAUAACAUAUCAGCCAGUAAUACAGUCUAGCAAUCAUACACACUACACAAUCCACAAGUCAAUGUAUCAUAAUGCAUAGUCCACUAAGGCAGUCAAGAUAUUUGUGUUUGGUUUAUCGCAUAAGUUAUGUACAUAUACAUGAUUGCCAAACAUAAUGCCGUAAAUAUUAUUCCUUAUGUAUAUUUCUUAGCACUUUCUCAGUGAAAAUUUUAGUUGACAUCAUUUUGAAAAUGUUUUUCUGUUGACAGUUAAUUUUAUGUGAUUAAUUUAAAAAUGUCUUCCUAUCUCUGUCAGUAUUAACUAGCAGAUCUCAUCUAGUCACUGGUAGCUAUGUUGAUAAAGUAUGCUAAUAGCAGCCUUAUAAUACAGUCAUGGUAUUAUAACAUAUGGUUCACUAACAUAGUCAAAGUAUUUUAAGACACACAAAUAGCCCACUAACAGUCAGAGUAAUACGACACAAGGUCCACUAACACAGUCAAGGUAUCAGGACUUGUUUCAUAAAAUGAUAUAAGUAUUGUACAUAGUCAAGGUAUUA